ACGCCAGGGGGCGCUCGGCCGGGAGCCGACUCCGGGAGAGACCCGGCUCGAGGAGGCGGGGUCCGGGCUGGCAAGAUGGCGCCGUCCACGCUGUUGCGGUCCCUCCCUAGGUUGCUCGCCCCGGCCAGGCUCCCGGGGGGCUCGUCAGCGCGGUCAAAGUUCUAUGUUCGAGAGCCGCUACAUGACAAACCCGACUGGCUGAAAGUGGGGUUGACCUUGGGCACUUCCGCCUUCCUGUGGAUCUAUCUCAUCCAGCAACAUAGAGAGGAUGUUUUAGAGUAUAAAAGAAGAAAUGGGUUGGAAUAAACUUUUAAAAUAUGAAUACAGGAGAGAGAGAAACAUUGAUUGGUUGCCUCCCAUAUGCACCUGGACCCCAACCCAGGAUUAUGCCCUGACGGGGGAUUAGACCCACAACCUUUUGGCCGUGGGACAGUGCUCCAAUCAGCUGAGCCCCACUGGCGUGCAUAAAUCCUUUUAAAUAAACCCUGUAUUAAUCCUUCUGGAAAAUAAAAAGUCACACUUAAAAAUCUCAACUUUCAUAGAUUAGGUUGAUUAAAGUAAAUAUCUGCU